CAACAGUGACCGUUCAGCUGGGAUUCUUAUUCACCACUUUUGCUGAGUGAUAUUUUUCACCAUGCACAGACUGGUCAAAUUACCCUCUUAUAGCUUUUAAAGGACUAAUUAGGGAAGUAGGCUUGAAGAAUAAACUCACCAUUUAUGAAGAAGGAACCACUGACCUGAUAGAAACUGAACUCUCAAUAGCAGGUGUGGAAUUGCUAGAGUUCUGGAGAAGAUGCUGGUGCUCAACUGUUCUACCAAAUUACUGAUCCUGGAAAAAAUGUUGAAGAGUUACUUCCCCGAAUCACUCAAGGUUUAUGGAGCAGUGAUGAACAUGAAUCGUGGGAAUCCCUUUCAGAAGGAAGUGGUGGUGGAUUCGUGGCCAGACUUCAAAGCUGUUAUCACCCGACGACAGAAAGAGGCUGAGACAGAUAACCUGGACCAUUAUUCUAAUGCCUAUGCUGUGUUCUACAAGGAUGUCAGGGCUUACCAACGCCUGUUGGAAGAACAUGAUGUUAUCAACUGGGAUCAAGUUUUUCAAAUACAAGGGCUGCAGAGUGAAUUACAUGAUGUUUCCAAAGCUGUUGCCAACUCAAAGCAGUUAGGUGUAAAGUUAACUUCCUUCAAGGCUGUUCAAUUUUUUCCUCAUCCACUUCUGCCGGACACCAGUUCUCUAAAGGGCUCUGCACCACGACUAACUUACCUGAGUGUUGCUGAUGCUGAUCUACUCAACCGGACUUGGUCUAGGGGCGGCAAUGAACAAUGUCUCCGGUAUAUCACGAAACUCAUCUCUUGCUUCCCCAGUGUAUGUGUCCGGGAUGACAAGGGAAACCUGGUCUCUUGGUCUCUUACAGACCAGUUUUCCACCAUGUGCCAUGGCUAUACCCUGCCAGAGCAUCGCAGGAAAGGUUACAGCCAGCUGGUGGCCCUCACACUGGCCAGGAAGUUGCAAAGCCGGGGAUUCCCCUGUCAGGGCAACGUCCUAGAUGACAAUACAGCAUCCAUAAACCUCCUGAAAAAUCUCCAUGGUGAGUUCUUGCCCUGUCGCUAUCAUAGGCUUAUUCUCACCCCUACAGCUUUCUCUGGCUAAGUUUACCCCUAGCCCAUUGGAACUCCAGGAAUUUUCUUCUUUUACCUGAACAUACGUACACUCUGUAGCUGGCAAUGAAGGGAAUGCUCCAACUGGAAUCAGAAGAAUUGAAAAGGGCCUGGAGAAGACACGCAGCAUCAGCCUGAGAAGCCUGCCU